CCUCUGAAAACCAGGGCAGGAUCAUCGGCAGCCCAGGGAGAUGGCCACCGCAUCGCUGGACGCACUGCAGGCAGCCUAUGUGGACUUCAGCGAGCUAACGCUCAGAGAGAAAGUCGGCCAUGGGUCCUACGGCGUGGUCUGCAAGGCCGUCUGGCGCGACAAGCUGGUGGCCGUCAAGGAGUUCUUCGCCAGCGCCGAGCAGAAGGACAUCGAGAAGGAGGUGAAGCAGCUGUCGCGCGUCAAGCACGUGAACAUCAUCGCCCUGCACGGCAUAUCCUCGUACCAGCAGGCCACCUACCUGAUCAUGGAGUACGCCGAGGGCGGAUCGCUGCACAACUUUCUGCACGGCAAGGUGAAGCCGGCCUACUCCCUGGCCCAUGCCAUGAGUUGGGCGCGCCAGUGUGCCGAGGGCCUCGCCUAUUUGCACGCCAUGACGCCGAAGCCGCUGAUCCAUCGCGACGUGAAGCCGCUGAAUCUGCUGCUGACCAACAAGGGACGCAAUCUGAAGAUCUGCGAUUUCGGCACGGUGGCCGAUAAGUCCACCAUGAUGACGAACAAUCGCGGCAGCGCCGCCUGGAUGGCGCCCGAGGUCUUCGAGGGCUCCAAGUAUACGGAGAAGUGCGACAUUUUCAGCUGGGCCAUCGUCCUCUGGGAGGUUCUGUCCCGGAAGCAGCCCUUCAAGGGCAUCGACAAUGCCUACACCAUCCAGUGGAAGAUCUACAAGGGGGAACGUCCACCGCUGCUGACGACCUGCCCCAAGCGCAUCGAGGACCUGAUGACCGCCUGCUGGAAAACGGUGCCCGAGGAUCGCCCCUCGAUGCAGUACAUUGUGGGCGUUAUGCACGAGAUCGUCAAAGACUACACGGGGGCGGACAAGGCCCUGGAAUACACGUUUGUUAAUCAACAGAUUGUCACCAAAGAGAGCGACGGCACGGUGGCCGCUCAAUCGGAUAGCCUCAGUUCGCUGGAGGAGGAACUGAGCCCCUCGUCCACACAGUUAACACCGACAACGGCGGCCAACGCCAAUGUGAACGCGAUAGCAAUAACAGAAACAGAAACAACGACUAGCUCAAUGACCGAAAAUACCUCAUCAACAUCAUCGGACAUCACACCGACGAACUCGGGCCAACUUGACAAUAAUCCGCUAUUCCAUAUGGUCAGCAAUCGCUGGGACGCGAUUCCCGAGGAGGAUAGCAACGAGAGCCGCAACGACAGCUUCAACCUCACCUCGUCGGCGGAGGCCACCCAAAGGCUGGAGACGAUCCGGAACGGCAUGAUCCUGAUGGCCAGCAAGCCCGUGGAGCAGCUCACCGUCGACGUGGAGCCGAAUGGCUUCGAUCUGAGUCGCAGCGAGAGCAGCAGCAGCAGCACGCACGCCAAAAGCGAUGGCCGCGAGCGACUCACGGUGACGGACACCAAGCCGGUGAUCAUGACCACGGAUCUGGCCAACAACAACAGCAACAACAACGGCGGUAGCCACGCCCACUCGAACGGACUGCUGAGCCAUGUGAACGGAAGGCAGGUGACGGAUGAGGAGCUGCAGCUGCAGGAUCAGGAGCAGGAGAUCGCCAACUCGCUGGACGUCGCCGUGGAUCCCGACGAGGAUGAGAACGACGGCACCGAGCAGUCGCUGGCCGAAAUCCUCGAUCCGGAACUCCAGCCAGAGCCGCCGAUACCGAACGAUGCCGAAUCGCAGCUCAUUUACCGCGAGCACCGGCACAUGGCCAAGGAGUACCUCAGCGUGGAUACGAACCUCUACUAUGCGCAGGACUUCAAGGAGAAGCUCAUCGUCCAGAUGGAUCGCAACGAGCGCGAGCAGAAGCAGGAGCUGCUGCGCAAGAUCAAGGACAAGGAGGGCCUGCAGAGUCUGUACAACAAUCUGCAGCAGCAGUACGAGAGGCUGCCCGCUUCCCGCCAACUUUCGGCCGGCCAUCAUCCCCCACAUCAGCAUCCGCAUUCGCAUCCGCCUAGCCAUCCGCAUCUGCACGGCCAGCAGGAGGAGAUCGGCGGGGCACUGCUGCCGGGCUCGGUGACCGGAGGCUCGGAUUCCGUGGAGGAAGGCUGGGUGGUCAUCCAGCCGCAUCCCAAUGCGUAGAGUCUCCUCCUCCUCCGCCGUCGUUUAGCCGCCUCUCUAUGUUUUUUAGGCUAGUGCUGUAACCUUAAAUCUGUAAUCCGUAAACUGUAAUCUGUAAACUGUAAUCCGUAAUCGGUAAUCUUUAUCUGUAUCGUUAGCCAUUACACUGUGUUUACUUCUAUAUAUAUUUCAGACGAGUUUGUUCGUUUUAAGCGUCUUUUUUUAAAUUUAAUUUUAAGCGUUUUUAGUCCGUGUUUCUUUUAAUUUAGCCAACCACUAUUUUCACCCAUAAGCACUCUCUGACACUUAAUUUAGGUUUUAAUUGUACUAUAAAGCUUAUAUACACACACAUACUUAGCAUAUAACUUAUACAUAUAUUUCUGUCCGAGGAAGCUGACAAAAGGAGUAGACCAAAAAAAUAUAAAAACCAUCGAAGCAACGACAAAA